UCGAAUCUCAGGCCAUGGUAAUUGUCAUUGCAAAAGGUACACUUUUGUUGACAAUAGUGCCGGGUAUAUACUAUGGCAAUUGAGUAUCUUGGCGAAGCUGGGAAAUAUUUGCCGGAAACCUUGCAGCUGGCGUCUACCCCACAUCCCAAGGACGGCAUCAAGACCCCAUAGUUUUUGCUUGACUGCUGUACUGUAUGAGAGUAGCCAAGGUCGAAGAAAAAGCCUAGCUUCGGAAGUCUUCUCGAAGACCCUGAUUACGCAUGGACGUCAGGGCCGAUGUUCCAAGAACCUGUUCUUUUAUUGCAGAUUUUCAAGGAUGUUGUUUCAGGGGAGGGGUUGUCUCAGAGAAGCAGCUUGUAUCCCCAAGUUGCAGUCGGUAUGUGGAGAUCCGCCUUAGCUGUGGAGGAUGCAUGUAUCCACGCUCGCAGCUCACGCGCCCCUUACUCUCCACAACUCCAGCAUCUUUGGCGUAUAACAGCGCCCUUAUUGUUGAGUAUAGUUUGGCGAUGCUUGAUAUGUAUCCCCCGAAGAAUUGUGCCAAGUGAGAGAUGCCAUUUGUUAUGCCCGAUGGGGUCGCAUCGGCACGAUCUUCGUACCAACUCAUCUGAUGCAUGUCGGCCAGACGGCCCCCUGAUAUUGCUAGGUAACAGUGGCUUGACGCCGAGGAGUCGGUCCAACGGCUCAUCUGAUGUCCGCAUGAGAUCAUUCACAACAUGGCAGCGUUGCGCCACAUCUGGAUCUUAUGACGUUGUAAGAAGCAAAAAAAGAUAUCAACGCCUGGGGAGAGAAGGGAGAAACCGAAAACGAGAGCGAAGAUGGUAGCGACGGGAAUUUGCAUCGGAGAGAGACAAGGUUCGUUAAAUCGCCUAGCUGCAUGCGAAAUUUGCAAGCCCCCCUCGACGAACAUAGAGAUCCAGCACGUCUGAUCUAGUGCCUCACAUGUUGUGGUGAACACGACCGGUCGAAAGCCUAGAUGUGGGUUGACAGACCGAGAGAUCCGGGACUAAAUCACGCAAUUAUGAUGGAGA